AUGAGUCCUUCAGAAGAAAUCACAUUAUUUUAUAUUAAAAUUCAAUUAUGUAAUGAAACAUCUGUUCCCAAACUUUAUGAGCAUUUUAAUUAAAUAAAUCUUAUAUCUGAAAAUGGAAUCACAAACUUAUUGCAGGGUAAAAGAGACAGCUUGUAUUUAUUUUUAAAUUAUACUCUAUUUGAAAAGAUUUUCUGA